CGCACUACGCCCGCGCCGCCGCGCCACCCCGUGACGUCACGACGUCGCUCCGUCGCGGUCGCACGAAUCUUUCCCCAGUACCCUGAGCGGUAGCGGUGGAUUUUCUCGAGGAUUGUCUUCAGUCAUGGCCUUGGGUUUAAGGUGCUUCCGCUUGGUCCACCCUGCCAUUUGCAAUUCCCUUGCGAGCUUCACCAGACCUGUGUCAGAAGUUCCACGGAAGGCAGUGACUGGAAGACAAAAUGACUAUUGGCAGUACUUGGCCUCUCCAGCUAUACCGAGCCGUCACUUUGCCACCAAGAAAGCCAAAGCCAAAGCGAAAGGACAGUCCCAAACCAGAGUGAGUCUUAAUGCUGCCUUGGUUGAAGAUAUAAUCAGCUUGCAAGAGGUGGAUGAAGAAAUGAAGUCUGUGAUGGAAGGACUCAAGGAUAAUUUCAAUAAGACUAUCAAUAUAAGGACCUCACCAGGAUCCCUCGAUCAGAUCUCUGUGGUAACUGCUAAUGGGAAACUUGCUUUAAACCAGAUAGGCCAGAUCUCCAUGAAGUCCCCACAGCUGAUUCUGGUGAAUAUGGCCAGCUUUCCAGAGUGUACAGCUGCAGCUAUCAAGGCUAUAAGAGAAAGUGGAAUGAAUCUGAACCCAGAAGUGGAAGGGACACUCAUUCGGGUCCCCAUUCCCAAAGUAACCAGAGAACACAGGGAAAUGCUGGUGAAACUGGCCAAACAGAACACCAACAAGGCCAAGGAAUCUUUACGGAAGGUUCGUACCAAUGCGAUGAAUAAGUUGAAGAAAUCCAAGGACAAGGUCUCGGAGGACACCAUUAGGCUCAUAGAGAAACAGAUCAGCCAAAUGGCCGAUGACACAGUUGCAGAGCUGGAUCGGCAUUUGGCCGUGAAGACCAAAGAGCUCCUUGGGUGAAAGUCCACCAGGGCCCCUGAACCCCAGAGCCUGGCUUCUCGCGGAGCCCUCGGGUGGCAGAUGGUCACCUCUCGUCCCCGUGCGCGUGGAAGACUGUCACAGUUCAGUGGUCCACCCUGUGAGGCCCCCGCCUUCUGGAGGGACACCCAGACCUGCUCAUCGCUUCCUCCUGCCCCUCCUGUCCCCCUGCUUUGGGCCUCUGGCACGGGUCCCUCUCAGAGGGAGGCUCCAGGGGCCUUUACUUGGGGCGUUUACCUCAACUGUGACGUUGCCCAGUGACUAGGACCCUGGACAAGCUUUGCACCGCCUGCUCCUUGUUUCGGGAAUCUCCUUUUCAAAUGAUGGGUUGGGCCCUGUCCCCAACCUGAAAUCUGCUGGGACCUUCACCUGUGACUGCAGACCUUUGCUGGAGGCCCGUUACACCGAAUACAGCUCUGAAUAAAGUGGGACGCAUAACCACCAAGGAGAGCAGAGUCCGUCUGAAUCCCUGUUCUCCAGACCUGUCCGUGUGUUGCACAUUCAGUCCUGUGCCCCUGAGUCAUCUUCACACUCGCUCCUUCUCUGCCUGGACCACUCUUCCGCUCCCCUCCCGGCCAGUUCAUCCUUCGCGCUCAGCUCCUAUCGUACUUCCUCCAGGAAGUCUUCCUUUUCCUCCCAACCUCCCGCCCCUGCUAUCGCCUCUCAUAGCACUGUCUGCUGUUCUUAUCGGAACCUUAAUUGUUCUUUUGAUAACCAGUGUGUACAUCUUCAGUUCCUCGGAACUUGGCAUCAUGCCUGGGACAUGGUAGGCACUCAGAGGCUGUUGAUGAGUCGCACGUAGUAGCUCCUCAACAGCGCUGGCUUCUUUUCCUUUCUCCCCAAUCCUGACACUUCAUCCUGUCAUUUUCCACCCUGGUCUUUGUCCUCAGCGUUCGCUUGGUCAUGCAAUACCCUCCCUCCAGGGCUGCCACAGGCUUGUGGUUUGUUGUGGCUCCUCUGUGGGUACAGAGUUAAGUGUUUUCCCUCCAAUAAUGUUUUCUUCUAUUGGUUCAUUCAUUCGUUCAUUCGUUCAUUCUGUAGCCAUCGUGAGCUAGACACUGCUCUGGGAGGUAUUUUUAACCUUCACAGUGAACUUGUAUUAUUUCCAUUUUGUAAAUAGGAAAACUGAGACUUGCCAGUAUUAGGAUACUUGCCCAAAGUAACAAAGCUAGUAAGUGAUAAGAGGCUUUCAUCGUCCAAUUUCAGCCUCAUCCUCCAGAGCGCAGGUUGCGCAGAGAGGAACCCACAGCUCGCGCCGCGGACGGGGGUUCAGAUGGAGGUCUGCCCCGCAGCGUGUCUCCACCCCUCACGACCCCUGCUUUUGUAAACUCUUAGCACCAACUUUAGGUCAGCCACUGGGCUAUGCCCUAGGGACACAAAAUGGGUCAGAGGGAGCCCUGUCUUGAGGAGUGCCUGGCACCCUGGACCAAGUUUCCAUGUCUCGGGGAAAAACUAGUUCAUUCCAGUUCUGCUGUGUGUCUGCCUCUCAGCCGGGCCCCUGGAUCCUAGUGUGUGCCUUCAGAGCAGCCUCCCACUGGUCUCUGCUGCCUGACUCUGUCCCUCCUAGAGGUAACGGUGGGCGCACUCCUGCCCUGCUUGUACGGCCCGAGCACACUACAUAACAGCGUGGGAUUCAUGGGCAGAACUCGUUCAAAGAUGAAAGAAGCCAACACAAUCUGCCCACUUACCUGUCCUCGCUCCGACCCGAUUUGCCAGCGCCGAGUAGCCAUCACACCAUCGGAAGUCAGCUGGGGGAGAUCAGGGAUAGAAAUAGCAAUCAAGAGCCUUCUCAGGGGGUAAGCCACAUGGCGAGGGCUUUGCAAGUCUUUCGUGAGUGGCCGAAAUCCCCCACUCACUGCAAAUGUGCUUCUCAAAGAUGCAGGAUUUUUUAAUAAACAGAGGAAAUGAUAAAUUAUGUUGUAACUCCACUCCAAAGGCAUUUGGUUCUUAACAGCCAAAUCCUCUGUAGUCUUUAAAUAAACAAAAACUUAUUUGGUGAACAGACGGGGGGAAAAUGAAAGAUUUUCUGUACUUGGGUCCCACAUGUCAACAAUUUCUCUCCUGUGUGUGUGUUGGCCAAAGCCGUAUAUCAUGAUAAAUGAAUAAAGGAAAACCUCGAGCCCAGGGCGG